GAUCGUGCCUCCGGCGACAAGUUCCUCGACCGUGAACCGAGGGUGACCUUCUUUUUCGGAGGGAGGGGGCGUUAAGAAGCAUCGCCGAUGGGGCUCCUGGCUGCGAUGGCCUUGGUCCUCACCUCAGUGGGGGGCUCAGAUUCCCGCUCCAACACACUGCACUAUUUCUACACCACAGUUUGGGAACCCAAGCAGGAUACCCCCUGGUUCACUGCCGUGGCCUCCCUGAAUGGCCACCUCGGUGGUCACUAUGACAGCAAGACAAGGCGGGCUGUACCUCGGCUGUCCUGGAUGAAGAAAGUGGAGGAAGAGGAUCCCCAGUUCUGGGCAUGGAACACGGAGAAGGCCCGCAGCGAUGAGCUGAGGCUUUGGAGAGAUAUGGAGAACCUCAAGAAACAAUAUAACCAAACUGGGGGGCUUCACAUCUGGCAGAAAAUGUAUGGCUGUGAGCUCAGGGAAGAUGGGAGCAAAGGAGGGUAUGACCAAUACAGCUAUGAUGGAAGGGACUUCCUCAGCUUUGACAAGGAGACCCUCACUUGGACAGCAACCGAUCAUGAGGCACAGCUGAUCAAGAGGGCCUGGGAGGCCGACCUAGACAGACUCCAGCGAAACAAGCUUUUCCUGGAGGAGAUCUGCAUUGGACUGCUGCGGAAGUUCCUGGAAUAUGGGAAAGAAGCAUUUGAAAGAAAAGAGCUCCCAACAGUGGAAGUCACCCAUUUGAUGGAUCCCUCUGGGAAGCUGGAGACGCUGGUCUGCCAAGCCUUUGGCUUUUACCCCAAGGAGAUCAACGCCACAUGGAGAAGGGACGGGGUCAUCUGGGAGAAGGAAACCUUUCGGAAGAGCAUUGCUCCCAAUUCCGAUGGGACUUAUCAUGCCUGGCUCAGCAUCCGGAUCAAUCCCAAGGAGAGGGACCGCUAUCGGUGCCAUGUGGAGCAUGCCAGCCUUGCAGAGCCCCUGGUUAUGGGCUGGGAGGAGAAGACAGUCCCUUUCCCUGUGGGCACCAUUCUAGGAGUUCUGGCUGCUUUCCUGCUGGCGUUGGUUGGACUCAUCGUGUGCAUCAGAGUUCAGAAGAAGAAAAGGAAAACUUCUCCAACAUCGGAAGAUAAAUCCUCGGAACCGGAGUCAGACAAAUUGAUGACCCUCACUCCUAGCCACAAUACAGCCACAAUACAGAAGUUUACAGCGUGACUUGUUCAACUACCCUCCAAGACCUCCUCCAGACAUGGGGAAUUUGGGAAGCUGCUCUUCCAAUGCAGGAUCCUCUCGUUUGUUUCUCUUUCAGUGAUGUAGGUCAGUGAUGGCGAACCUUUUAGAGACCGAGUGCCCAAAAACUGGCUCCGCCCCCACUUCACCCCCUGCCCCACCUCUGCUCUGCCCCUCCAUCCCCUCCUCCGCCUGCCCACAGGACUACUUACCGCCUCCAGGGCCCGCCGCAGAUCGCCCAGGCAGCCCAGCAGCGCUAUGGCAACCACACCCUCUGGCCGCACCCUGCAGCAUCAACUGCAUGAUGGGGUGUGAGGGCAGAGUCUUGUCUACACUGCCUGGCUGCCGUAUCUUUGGCUCCGCUGCUCCGCGUGGGCCACACUCAGGGGCGACUCUCAUUCAGGGGGUUGCUGGAGAGGAGGUUAUGGGGGGAGGCAAGGCUGGGGCAACACCACGUGUGCCCACAGAGAGGGCUCCGAGUGCCGCCUCUGGCAUCCGUGCCAUAGGUUCGCCACCACGGAUGUAGGUAAAAGAAUCUGUUUCUUGUGAAGCUAAAAAGAAAUUAUUUGCUUUUGUAGGAAAUAAUCCUAUUUACCUGCUGUGGAAGUAUCUGGAAAUUAUUUUUAGACAGACAACAAUGAAGCAAAAAUAAUGAUAAAUGUAGAGGGUCUGGAGGGGUAUAAAAGCCCCAUUUAAGCAAUGCCACUCUAAAGAUGUUCUAGGAAAUAGCAAGCGUUCAGUGUUCACUGAUUCCCUUUAGAAACACCAAUGUCUAUUCUUCUGGCUUCCUAACUGGCUGACUAACCUUUAAGGAAAGUCUCCUUUGAGUUGAGCUCAACUCCUAGAGUGACACUUGCUGGCUGAGGAAUUCUGGGAGUUGAAGUCCACACUUCUGGGAUGUGGCCAAAGGCUGUCUUAUAGUGCUAAUGUACAUUUUUGGCAGCAAUACUGACGUAUUAUGCCUUGGCCAUCUUCUGGGUGUCUUUUUUUU